AGUUCAAGGUCAACCUGAGCUACACAGUGAGACCCUGUCUCUAAAACAACAAACAAAAAAUUACCAGAACCACUGUCACCUGGGCUGAAUCUCGAGCACGCGCCAAGGCUAGGCAGGUGAAAAGGUGGGCAACGAGGCUCAGGCAGAAGAAAUUCUUUGGGAAGAGCGAGGCCAAAGAGCAUGCUCAGGGGACCUGCGCAGGGUGUCGGCCUGGAGUGGGCAGCACAGCAGGACAGACUGGGCUAUGAGGAUGAUGUGAAGGAAUCCAGACCCCAUCCUCAGGACACUGAGGAGCCAGAGAGGCUCACACACUGGCAUGAGCAGGCCCCGCUCGGAGGUAGUGAGAAUCCUGACUGAGAAGGUUCGAAGGGAGGCAAGGCUUAAGACAUAGGAAGAUGACUGCAUUCACCCCUUCAGCAGCAGAGCCUGAGUUCAGGAAGCAACAGAAAGGACAGCGAGCAGACAGGCAUGAGUGUUCAGGAAGCUGACAAGGCCCAGCAAAGUGUGACUGAGAGAAAGGCAGAUUAAGGCCGACUGGGUGGGUGAUGAUCCAAGUCACUUGGAGAGCAGGCCCUGAAGAAAGGAGGUGUAGGCAGGCAGCUUCUGUUUGCAUGCGCUGGAGGUCAAAAGCCUGUGAAGGGCUACAGUGCAAUGCACAACAAUCUCAUGGCUCUUGCCUGCACAGCAGGACUGCCUGUUCGGCUCCAGUCUGGAGGAAAGGCCACAAUUCUGCACCAGUGCCCAGAGCAAGGCCCAAAUCCUUCUCGUUUCUGUACACGAGCUGAGUGUUUAGCACCCAGAGGCUUGACAUGUGUUGGUUUAAUACCCCCAUCAAAUUUACAGAAAUACUCCCCUUGGGGAAUGAAAAAGGUGCUUCUGGAGAUGGAAGACCAGAAAAACAGCUACGAGCAGAAGGCCAAGGAGUCACUGCAGAAAGUGCUGGAGGAGAAAAUGGGCACAGAGCAGCAGCUACAGAGCACACAGAGGUCCCUGGCCCUGGCAGAGCAGAAGUGUGAAGAGUGGAGGAGUCAGUAUGAGGCUCUGAAGCAGGACUGGAGGACCCUGGGGUCUCAGCACAGAGAGCUGGAGAGGCAACUCCACGAGCUUCAAUCCAAACUGCAGGGAGCAGACAGCAGAGACGCACAGAUGAGCCAGGCUCUGCGACUUCUGGAGAAUGAGCACCAGGAACUGCAAGCCAAGAUAGAAUGCCUGCAAGGAGACCGGGACCUGUACAACUCUGAUGCCCAGGACCUGCAAGAUCAAUUAAGGAGGUCUGAGGAGGAGAAAUUCACCCUGAUGACCAGAGUACAGCAGUUGCAGAGUAAGUUUCCUUCCAAGAUCCUCAAACUAGCACACAGGGAUUCUUGGUGAUCCUGGUGCUCCUCCUAGGGGACGACUGGGCUUGGGUCUGGCAUAGCCUCCUAACUCCGUGCAUUUUCAGAUACACUUCUUGUGAACUGGAGUCAUUUACAUAGCGCUUCAUAAGUUAUAUGUUAGCCUUUGGUCUUUCCUAUUUUUUUUCCUUCCAUGUCAAUAAUGAUCACUUACGUUUCUGUAAGAAUUGCAAAUUUUAAAAAGCACUGGUGUCCUAGGGUUGCUUCUUAUGUAUUCUGACUUAUUACACGCAUAAAUGUGUCACUUAGACCUUACUCACUAGACAGAUUCAAAAAUAAGCAUUUACAGAGGUCUUAGUAAGUGUAGGUACCCUGGAAUUUGCACUGAGAAAAUAACGACAAAGCUAGUAAUUCCUUCCUUUGUAAGCUGACAUUUCAAGUAAGGUCUCCAGUGUGGUAUAGGGCUUUACAAAAAAAAAAAAAAAAAAUCUAUGUCAAGUCUUACUAACUGCUAUGCAGGGAAUAGAUGGAGGUUAAAGGGGAAAUCGUUGCUAUUUUACAUAGGGUCAUCUGGGAAAGCUUUUCCUUUCUUAGGGGGGAGGAUUUUGUUUUUUCUUUCUUUUUUUUUUU